UUCAGCAUGUGGUCACAGCUCGCUACCAUUGCAUUGGCACUCUGUUCCCUCGGCUUGGUCGCUGCCCAGCGCUGUGUGGAUCAGGUGCACCACGAGCAGCCAGCACUAAGCGGACGCGUCGACUAUGCUGCCUGCGGCCGAUCUGUGUGCGCCACAGACGGCUACUGCUAUCGUUUGUUCCACAACAUUUGCUACCUGAACGCUUACAAUGUGCGUUUGCUGUUCGCUGGCCAACGGGCACUUGUGCAGGCUGACAUACGGCAUUGCUUGCCAGAGCCAAGGUGGCUCGACUACAACACACCCUACGAUCCACGAUUGCUGGCUAGCCCCUAUGUGAACGCCAACAAAGGCCAUGCAGGUGCCUACGAGACACCCUAUUUAUAUGAAUCCGUCGAUACAGAGCCAAGCUACUCCAGAUCAUAUGAUCCCUAUCUCUACUACAAGGCACAGGACACAUAUUCGCCGACCAACGGCUUUUAUUAUAGGAAUAUGCGUGAAUAUUUGACUCAACGUAAACCUAAGCCAUCGACUUCGUACAGGAAACCUAAAGCGAAAUGCUCAACAACAGCAUCACCAAUAACUGCAUCCACAACAACAGUAUCCACAACACCAAUACCUACAACAACAGCAUCUACUACCGCAUUAUCGACAUUAGCAUCAUCCACAACAACAGCUUCUACAACAACACCAUCUACAACAUCCACAUCCACAACAACAGUUUCUACAACAACAGCUUCUACAACAACACCAUCUCCAACAACCACAACAACAACUUCUACAACAUCCACUACGCCAGAGUCUUCAUCAACAGAUUCUACAACAACUGCUUCCACAACAACGCCAUCCACAACAACAGUACCCACAACAACAGCAUCGACAACACCAUCCACCACAAUAACAUCCACGCCAUCAACUACAAUAACUGUAAACUUAUUAGGAUCUGCAGCAAAUGUUGCACAGUCCCCAACACCAUCCACAACGAAUUCGCCAACUAUUUCAAGCACGACGCAAUCAACAACUACAACAACAGCAACGAGCCCACAAACCACAUCGCCGUCCAGCUCGUCAGUUACAGCAGCAUCCACAUCGAGCACCCCUCCGGCUACAACAGCAUCUACCGCAGCACCCACAACCGCCAGCAUCGACUUGGAUGACAACACUCUGGUUUCUCUGGUCUUCACAAUGCCCAAUGGCCGGGUCUUUAGACUCUCUAUGGCCUCGCAGAUAACCAACCCAACAACGGGCAAUAAGACAUGCGCCGAGGAGACGCAGUUAGAGCUGCGAUAUAGGGGCCUAUCGGAGCCGCUGAAGUUCACUGGAUGCCUCUACAACAACUCGACACGAAAUGGAACGAACUAUGGCCCCACAACAACUAUCAGACCAACGCCUAAACCAUACUACAGCCCAAGCAGAUUGGUUGACUAUAGACCCGUUGGCUACCUAUAUAGCAUUACGUAUGGCUCUGCCUAUGAGGCCCCCUACGGAUCCGGUGCUGUACCUCAAUAUAGAGCGGACCCUGGACCCCGCUAUAGCUAUGGACCACGCCAUGGCAAUACUAGGCUUAAAGUUCAUGCCAGCGCCUCCGCUUCAGCAGAUGUCCCAUAUUAUGACUAAUAUCAAUAUCUAUGACCCACCUCAAUGGUACUCGACCUCAUUAUAAUCAAUAAGACUUACUAUUUGUA